UAGGAGAGACAAACAUGUGGGGAAGCUCAUAGGAGGAACAGAAGGAAAUGCUGUUUACAGAUUCUUAAGCCAACUGAAGUGCCUUCAUCAUUUUCUGUCUGGAAGAGAGAUUCAGAGAGAGAGCUCAGAGCGACAGUUCAAGACAGGCAUUUCCUGUGGUCAAGUGGAUCCGAGCAGCCUGCAGUCAUGGGACAGGGCCUAGGGAUCAAGUGCUGUGACUUCCAGGCAGCGAGAAACAAUGCCGAGCACCACACCCAAGACAUCAGCUCCCAGCGUCUUACAGUGAGGAGGGGGCAGCCCUUCACCAUCAGCCUGCACUUCCAGGCUCCAGUCCACACAUUCCUGAGCACCAUGAAGAAGAUAGUCCUCGUGGCACAAACUGGAGAGCAGCCUUCCCAGGACAACAGGACCCAAGCCACGUUCUCAAUUUCCAGUCUGGGGGAUGCGAAGUCAUGGAGUGCAAGGGUCAAGGAGAGAGAUGACCAAUCCUGGACCAUCUCUGUGACCACACCCGCAGAUGCUGUCAUUGGCCACUACUCACUUCUGCUGCAGGCCUCAGGCAGGGAGCAAUGCCUGGGCCAGUUCACCCUCCUCUUUAACCCCUGGAGUCAAGAGGAUGCUGUAUUCCUGGGGAAUAAGGCUCAAUGCAGCGAAUAUGUACUGAACCAGAACGGCCUCAUCUUCACGGGCACAGCUGACUGCAUCGAGGCCAUGCCCUGGGAUUUUGGCCAGUUCGAGGAGGAUGUCAUUGACCUCAGCCUGAAGUUACUGAGCGUGAACAAGCAGGUGGAGGAGUGGGGAGAUCCUGUGCAUGUGGCCCACACCUUGGGCACAUUGCUGCAGGUGCUCAAGGAGAAGAGUGUGCUGCCCACCUCGCAGAUCCAGACUGCCCAGGAAAAGGCCUUGCUGUACAAGCGCCGGGGUAGCGCACCCAUCCUGCGGCAGUGGCUCACGGGCCUAGGGAGACCCGUGUACGAGAGUCAGGCCUGGGUAUUGGCUGCUGUCACUUGCACAGUGCUGCGAGGCCUGGGAAUCCCUGCCCGAGUUGUUACCACGUUCACUUCAGCCCAGGGCACCGGUGGGAGCCUACUGGUGGAUGAGUUCUACAGCAAGGAGGGCCUUCAGAAUGGAGAGGGCCAGAGAGGCAGAAUCUGGAUCUUCCAGACAUCCACGGAGUGCUGGAUGAAACGGCCUGCUCUGCCCCAGGGUUAUGACGGAUGGCAGAUUCUGCACCCUAGUGCCCCCAGUGGAGUUAGAGUUUUGGGGGAAUGUGAUCUGGUCCCAGUCAGAGCGGUCAAGGAAGGGACAGUGGGGCUGACCCCUGCGGUACUGGAUAUUUUUGCCUCUGUAAACGCCUCAUGUGUGGUCUGGAAGUGCCGUGAGGAUGGGACACUGGAGUUGACCGAGUCCAACACUAAGUAUUGUGGCAACAACAUUAGCACCAAAGUUGUGGCCAGUGACCGCUGUGAAGACAUCACACAGAACUACAAGUAUCCUGAAGGAUCUCCUAAAGAAAAAAAGGUGCUGGAGAAAGUUUGGAAAAACAGAAGGAAACAUGGGAAAGUCCGUGACGUCUAUCCUCCCAGUCUCGAGACUGGCGAUCCUCUCCACUUUUUUUUGGAAGCGCCCAGCUCCCUACCUCUGGGAGGGGAUGCCCGAAUCUCCGUGAACUUGAUAAACCCCAAUGACUAUGAGAAGGAAGUGAAGCUGGCACUCGGGCUGCAGGCGGUGUACUACAAUGGCGUCCUUGCUGCCACACUCUGGAAGGAUCAGUUUCUCCUCACAGUCGAGGCCAACUCGGCUAAGAAAAGACACUCCUUCCUGUCCUUCUCCAAUUUUGAACAAAACCCACCAGAGAAUACAUUGCUCAGACUCACCGCCAUGGCAACGCACUCCACGCUUACCUGCUUUGAUCAGAAAGACAUCGCCAUUUGCAGGCCACAACUUGCCAUCGAGAUGCCAGAGACAGCAGUGCAGCAUCAACCCCUAACGGCCUCAGUCAGUAUCCACAACACCCUAGAUGCUCCCCUGAAUGACUGUGUCAUCUCCAUCUUCGGAAGGGGCCUCAUUUACAGAGAGAAGAGCUACAGAUUAAGUUCAGUGCAGCCUGGACGCACCGUGUGCACCAAACUCCAGUUCACACCAAUGCACGUGGGGCUCCAGAGGCUCACAGUGGAAAUGGACUGCAACAUGUUCCAGAACCUAACCAACUUCAGAAGUAUCACUGUAGUAGCCCCUGAACCUCCAGCUUAAACUUCCAGCUCCGCAUCGCUCCCCCCAACAACCCCUUUGAAUCUACAAUUGAAAACCAAAUGUGCUGGGAAGAGACACUUUGCUUGUCAGACAAAUGAAUCUCCGGGAUGAGUCUAAGAGUUGGAGAACAAAAUCAGAGUCCCAGAAAUCAAUAGGAAAGAUAUUCAUUUCUAUCACAAGGCACCCAUGAAGACUAGCUGCUUAAAAGAGAAACUAAUGGGCUUCAGGAAUAAAAAGACUUUGUGGAGUUUCCUGGUGGCACAAGGAGUUAAAGGUCCAUCAUUGUCACUGCUGUAGCUUGGGUCACUGCUGUUCCCUGACCUAGGAAUUUUUGCAUGCCGUGUGUGUGGUUAAAAACAAAAAACAAACAAAAAAAGCCCCCUUUGUAAAGGUACUCCAAUAAAUAAACUCAGAUUUUUCAAGUUCAGGGUUUUCUUAACCAUUUUACUGCUCCCUAACACAUUCAUUAAUUUAUAUGUAAGGAAAACAACCAAACAUUUAAAUUAUUCUUAUAUUUCUGAUGAAAUGGGACACUAUUACCUAAAAACGGGAUCUUUUAGGUAAUCCUUUGCUGUUUGUUUUUUAGGACUGAAUGUGUGGCUUAUGGAAGUUCCCAAGCUAGGGGUCAAAUUGGUGCUGCAGCUGCUGGCCUAUGCCAUAGCCACAGCAACACAGGAUCUGAAUUGCGCCCAACUUAGACCACUAAUAGCAACGCCAAAUACUUAACCAACGAGUGAGGCCAAGGAUUGAACCUGCAUCCUCAUGGAUACUACUUGGGUUUGUUACCACUAAGCCACAAAGGGAACUCCAUCUUCUAGUAAAGUCAUUUUAAGAUUACACUGACAGGUGCCAUUCCUGACCAUUAUCCUUAAAGAGCCAAAGAUGACUGAACAAAGUUAUAAAAUAUACAACAUAAGACCUGAGCACAGAAUGAUAUUCUAGAUUCCGCCAUAGAUAAGUCCUUAUUAGAGUUAAAUAUCAUCAAAUAUUAAAUAUAGCACAAUUAAGUCUGAUGAUAAUAACAUGAAUUUGGUCAGUAGAGAAAUACACAAUUAUUAAGUAUAUAGAAAAGAGGCCCUAUAA